GGGAGAUCAUUUUACAACCGUGUUAGAGUGAAACUUCCCCCAAAGCUGAACGGGUUAAAAGCACAAAGUUCAGCAGCUAGAGUAGAUCCAUAAAUGUAGACUCGCCCCCCCUCUUCCUCUUCCUGAAUUCCUUUUCCUGUAGCUCCUUUGGAUAAAACUUUUCGUUUGGUGUUGUCGUUGUAAUUUUGCUGGGCGAAUCUCAACAGUUCGGAAAGGCUGCAGUGACUCACUUAACAACCGUGGCAAGAAAGGUUGGAAAAUGAGACAAAGAUGAUGCCGAUUUACGCACACUGGACAACUGAGAAUAACAAGCAAACCUGAAAAGCAAAGCAAAUUGAAGCAGAAAUAAAAAUAGUUCCCAAAUAAAAAUAGUUCCCAAAAAUAGUGGGAAAACACAGAGUUCAAACCAGAAGAGGAUCCACACUGGAGAAAAGCCAUAUAAAUACUCUGAAUGUGGCAAAAGCUUUGGUCAGAAUAGCUCCCUUGUGAUUCAUAGAAGGAUCCACAUAGGACAGAUGCCCUACAACUGCCCCCAAUGUGGUAAAUGCUUUCGCAAGAAUUGCAAAUUUGUGAUACAUCAGCAGACUCACACCAGGAAGAAACCAUACAAGUGUCCAGAUUGUGAGAAACAUUUCAGUUGCCAUUCUAACCUGGUGCUACACCAGAGGACUCACACAAGAGAGAAACCUUUUGAAUGUCCAUAUUGUGGGAAAAGUUUCAGUCACAAUUCCAGCUUGGUCAACCACCAGAGGAUUCACACAGGAGAGAAACCCUUUGAAUGUUCUGAUUGUGGGAAACAUUUCAGUCAAAAUUCCUGCCUGGUGACACACCAGAGGACUCACACAGGAGAGAAACCCUUUGAAUGUCCUGAUUGUGGGAAAAGUUUCAGUCACAAUUCCAACCUGGUGACACACCAGAGGACUCACACAGGAGAGAAACCCUUUGAAUGUUCUGAUUGUGGUAAACAUUUCAGUCACAAUUCCUGCCUGCUGAUACACCAGAGGAUUCACACAGGAGAAAAACCUUUUCAGUGUCCAGAUUGUGGGAAACGUUUUAGUCAAAAUUCCUACCUGGUGCUACACCAGAGGACUCACACAGGAGAAAAACCUUUUCAGUGUCCAGAUUGUGGGAAAUGUUUCACUCAGAAUUCCACCCUGGCAAAACACCGGAGGACUCACACAGGAGAGAAACCCUUUGAAUGUCCAGAUUGUGGGAAAAGUUUCAGUCAGAAUUCCCACCUGGUGAACCACCAGAGGACUCAUACAGGAAAGAAAGCGUUCGAGUGUCCAGAUUGUGGGAAACAUUUCCGUUACCAUUUUAACCUGGUGAACCACCAGAGGAUUCACACAGGGGAGAAACCGUACAAUUGUCCAGAUUGUGUGAAAAGUUUCAGUCGGAAAUCCUCCUUGAUGAUACACCAGAGGACUCACGCAGAAAAACCUUUUGAAUGUCCUGAUUGUGGGAAAAGUUUCAGUCAGAAUUCCCACCUAGAGAUACACAAGAGGACUCACCCAGGUGAAAAACCAUUUGAAUGUUCUGAUUGUGGGAAACAUUUCAGUUACCAUUCUAACCUGGUGAUACACCAGCGGACUCACACAGGAGAGAAACCCUAUGAAUGUCCAGAUUGUGGGAAACGUUUUAGUCAAAAUUCCUACCUGGUGCUACACCAGAGGACUCACACAGGAAAGAAACCCUUUGAAUGUCCUGAUUGUGGGAAAAGUUUCAGUCAGAAUUCCAGCCUGGUGACCCACCAGAGGACACACACAGGAGAGAAACCCUUUCAAUGUCCUGAUUGUGGGAAAAGUUUCAGUCAGAAUUCCAGCCUGGUGGCCCACCAGAGGAUUCACACAGGGGAGAAACCCUUUCAAUGUCCUGAGUGUGGGAAAAAUUUUAGUCACAGUUCCAGCCUGGCGAUGCACCAGAGGAUUCACACAGGAGAGAAACCCUUUGAAUGUCCUGAUUGUGGGAAAAGUUUUAGUCGGAAUUCCCACCUAGAGAUACACAAGAGGACUCACAAAGGAGAAAAACCUUUUCAAUGUCCUGAUUGUGGGAAAAACUUCAAUCACAAUUACAGCCUGCUGAUACACCAGAGGACACACACAAGAGGGAAACCAUACAAGUGUCCAGAUUGUGGGAAAUGUUUUGGUUAUCGUUAUACCCUGCUGAAACACCAGAGGACUCACACAGGAGAGAAACCAUAUGAGUGUCCAGAUUGUGGGAAAAGUUUCAGUCAGAACUACAGUCUGGUGACCCACCAGAGGACUCACACAGGAAAGAAACCCUUUGAAUGUCCUGAUUGUGGGAAAAGUUUCAGUCAGAAUUCCAACCUGGUGACCCACCAGAGGAUUCACACAGGAGAGAAACCCUUUGAAUGUCCUGAUUGUGGGAAACGUUUCAGUCAGAAUUACAACCUGGUGACCCACCAGAGGACACAUACAGGAGAGAAAUCCUUUGAAUGUCCUGAGUGUGGGAAAAGUUUCAGUCAGAAUUCCAACCUGGUGACCCACCAGAGGACUCACACAGGAGAGAAACCCUUUGAAUGUCCUGACUGUGGGAAAUAUUUCAGUCAGAAUUCCUACCUGUUGAUACACCAGAGGAUUCACACAGGAGAGAAACCGUUUGAAUGUCUUGAGUGUGGGAAAAGUUUCAGUCAGAAUUCCAGCUUGGUGACCCACCAGAGAACACACACAAGAGACAAACCAUACAAGUGUCCAGAUUGUGGGAAAUGUUUCGGUUACCGUUCUAGCCUGGUGAACCACCAGAGGACUCACACAGGAGAGAAACCACAUGAGAGUCCAGACCUGCGGGGUCAAACUAUUUGAUUGAGGGCCACAUCAGGAUUGUGGUUGACCUUGUGGGUGGGGGGACAUCACAUGGCCAGCUCGACAUCUCUUGUGUUGUGGUGGCCCAGGCAGGUCUGGGAGGUUCCAUUGUCUCCAGCUGAGAAAGGCAAGACCAUGGUAAGAGCCAAAAACCUUGUUCUUACCAUCCCUCUCCGGCCAUGCAAAGGACCCCCGGACACCAGCAUAAGCUGCCCAGACCCCAGGGAGUGUAAGCACUGAGCCUGGCCCUCAAGCUGCCAUUGCAUUGCGACCUCACAGCCCAGGCCCGCUUCCCGAGGGGCAGCCCGACUGCACUUACCUCUUUAAGGCUGCUGCUGUGCUCGCUCUCCUUGGGCACGUUGCUCAUGGGGUAUGCUGGAGAGCAAAGUGUGUGUCAGAGGGUGGCCCAUUCCAUGUGAGGAGCCCCAGCUUUGUAACUAAAGCAUCCUCAGCAAUCGGAUGGGAGACCAUCAGGAGAGGUCAGGAGGAGGGGACAAGGGGAUAGUGAAAGGGCAGAAGGGCAGCUGUUUGCCAAGUGCUAAGUUAGGACUUCCCUCCGAAUCUGACUCCCUCAUUAUAAACCUUCCUUUCCUUUCCUUUCCUUUCCUUUCUUUCUUUCCUUUCUUUUCUUCUUUUUCCUUUCCUUUCCUUUCCUUUUUUUAAGCUGCCAGAGGCUCCCAACAAAGGCUUCUCAUUUUGACGCCUCCACCAUCGCUUCACCAUGGUUUUUAGCUCACAUCUCCCAGACUGGUGCAUGUGUAUGGUUUUGUGUGUGUGUUCCCCUUGCAGCCCAGCCAGCGCUGUGAUAUUGGAGAGAAAAAGAAGAUCGUGACAGGCUGGGGGUCGAGAAAAAGAAACAAGCAUUGCAAAAAAAACAGCUUUUGUUAUCUUUCAGCCUACAAUCAGCUUGCAGGCUACAAGUGAGUGAGUGCAAGUGAGUGAGAACACCUCCCCCUGCGCCCCCCCUUCCACACACACACACACACACACACACACCUGUGUACAGGCAGGAGAGGUGAGCUGAGAGUCAUGCAGCAAUCCGUCAGGCGCAGAGGCAACAACAGGGGAAGGGGAUCCAAAUGGGAAGCCUCUGCCCAUUUAAAAAAAGAAAACCCUGGGGAGCUUCUCUUUUUGUCCACCCUCCCCUCCGUUGCCUCCAUGCCUGAUGCUAAAAGGGAAAUUCUGUUUCCUCCCCCACCCUGCAAUGCCAGAAGCUGCAGGCCACCGUCGUUUGCCUUCCACGUCCCCCACAGACCCUGUGCAAUAUCCUACCGCCCAUGCAUGACAUGCUGGCCGUACCGUGACCAGCCUUAGAUCUGUGUCGGCGCCUUGGUCCAGCCCCCUGGCUCGGAGCGUGAGAAGGCUGGUGUCCUGGGUGAAGGGCAGUGCUCAGUCCCUAGGAACGCCAGGCCCUGCGCGCUCGCUGCCUGCUGUGCUCACACCCAGGGGGCUGGGCCGAGGUGGCGCCACAGGUCUAAGGCUGGGUGAGGUUCGGCCUGAAGGCAAAUCGCACCUGGUCAACCUGGGCCAAGCCAAGGCAUCACAGGCCGGUCCUUUAAUGUUUCCAGGGCAGACCCAAGGGCCAGAUGAAACCAUCUUGCAGGCCGGAUUCAGCCCGCGGGCCUUGACUUUGACACCCUGGUCCAGAUGGAGGGAAAAGUUUUGGGUUGGUGAUUGUUGUUUUUUUUGAAUAUAUGUUUGAGUGGUACAUUUUUCUUUUAAAAACAUAAAAAGUUCCAUGUCUAUCUGAGCAGCGUGUUGUUGUUAUUGUUAGUUGCGAAGUCGUGUCCAACCCAUCGUGACCCCAUUGAGAACGUUCCUCCAGGCCUUCCUGUCCUCUACCAUCCUCUUAAUGGACUUAAAGGAGUCCAUUUAAGCUCACGCCUACUGCUUCAGUGACUCCAUCCAGCCACCUCAUUCUCUGUCGUCCCAUUCUUCUUUUGCCCUCAAUCUUUCCCAGCAUUAGGCUCUUCUCCAGUGAGUCCUUCCUUCUCAUUAGGUGGCCAAAGUAUUUGAGUUGAUGAUUAGGCAACUCAGCUGGGAUCGCCAGAGGAAAAAAAAGCUUUUAAAGGGUUCUGACGAUCCCCGCUGAGCCGCGUGAUCAUCAGAGGAGGUUUUUUUUUACUUUAAAAGCAUUUUUUCGGCCGAAGAAAAAAUGCUUUUAAAAAUAAAGGAAUAAAGGCAGGGAUUUUUGCUACCGGGGCUCCGAACCACCCGCCACCAUCGCUACCAGAUCGGGCGAUCCGUUCCACACUGGGAGCAUUUCACCCCUGGUUCAAAGGUCUCAGUUCUUUGGCACUCAGCCUUCCUUAUAGCCCAACUUUCACAGCCAUACAUUGCAACUGGGAAAACCAUAGUCUUGACCAUACGCAGUUUUGUUGGCAGGGUGAUGUCUCAGCUUUUUAGUAUGCUGUCCAGCUUUGCCAUAGCGUUCCUCCCUAGGGGCAUACUUAAUUGUUUCCAGUGUCUUUCUCCCCACAUUGAACUGAACCCAGAUGAAUAUUUCUUCCAACAACAUUGUUAGUUUACAAUUUCUAUCCCACAGUGUCUGCCAUUUAUCUAAUUGUAUUGAAUAACCAAAGUUUUUAUCAUUGUUUCUUUCACUUGCUCUUCUUCCAUUUUAAUACCCAGUAAGUAGCUAUACAUUUUUAAAAUCAAUUUUUCAUCUGUUCCUAGUAAUGUCUGGUCUAGCUCUGUUGGUUCUUUAUAGAAACCAUACAUUCUUAUAUCUUCCUCAUAUCUUAAUUGUAUUUCCACAUGUGGCCACCAUGCUAAAUCCCUUGAUUAGUCCUUAUUUAGAUUUAAGUUCCCCUUUAUCAUUCAAAGUAUUUGUAUAUGUUACAGUUUUUCCAUAUUAAUCACAUUUGGAUGCCUCCAUCGUGGAGAACCAGGCUGGUAUUUUCAUAUAAGGUCUUUCUUUAAUUUCCCCCCAUACUAAUAGUAGUGCAUUUCUAACAAGGUGGUAUUUUUUGUAUAUUGAUUAUGGAUUUCCCACAUGUGGAGUUUCAGCCUUCUAUCUUGGUGAACUCCAGAUGUUGAACCUCACAAUUUUCCAGCCAAUGUACAAUUAGUCCUCGAGAUAUAACUGUCACCGGGCCUACCAAUUACGGUUGCACCUUGCAACGGCUGUUAAGUGAGACUGCUUUGCUUAAUUUCCCCUGAACCACCCUCGUUCUCUUUCGAUGCAGCUGUUAAAGAAAUGUGCAAGUUGUUAAGCGGAACACUGGCUACCUCAGGUUUAGGGGAAAGUCUUAGAGGCCUGGCGCAGGCCCAGGCUUUCCUUCCAAAGGCCACCCAUAACCCAUCUCUUAGGCCUCUCCUUCCUAAAACAGGGUCUGUGUAGUCCUCUGGUCUAAGUCUGACCCACCAGGCAUCACAGCCGCCUCCUCUCUAUCUUUUCAAGAUGUCUGAACCUUCCCUUGGAGAAGGAGGGUAGGACGCACAUCUGUGGGCUGCAUGACUGUGUCAUAGAAGCAGACGUUAUUUUCAGUGUGCCCGUUAUUCAUCCCUGGGCCAUGUGGUGGACUUGUGCAAGCGGCUGCCAUUUUGCCACGACUGCCUCACGGCCAAAUUGGCGGCUGCUUCUGAGUCAUUGUCAUGUGGGAGAGGGAGAAACUGCAUGUAUUGCCCCUGUCAGUCUGACUCUGAGAUGGAGGAGGAACAGCUGACAGAGAGAGAGAGAAUGGCUCCCUUGGCUGUGGAGCAAACUGGGGAAGGGCAAAGGGAGGCUGGGCAGAGCAGGGGAGAGUUAGAACAAGGGAGACGGGUUCUGAUGAAGACCAAAGCCCACCCCCUCCUCAUCCUAGGGCACGCAGGGAAGAACGGAGAGGAGGAGAGAGCAACGUGGGUUGCGUGCAGUGGUGGGAUUCAAUUGUUAAACAACCGGUUCUGUGGGCGUGGCUUAUUUUGGGGUGUGGCUAGCUGGUCAUGUGACUGGGUGACCAUGGCUAUGGGCAUAGAAAUUACUCAGAGGGCUAAAAAAAGUAAUUUCUGACCAGUCCUCGCACUUUUGACCAGUCCUUGCACUUAUGACCAUCCUCACAUUAAUGCCCAUUGCAGCAUUUUUAGCAACCAUGUCACUCAUUUCACAACUGCUUCUCUUCACCACGGUUACAAGAUAGGGGGCAAAAUGUAAAAUGUGAGGACAGUCGUAGGUGUGAGGACCGGUCAAAAGUGUGAGGACAGGUCAAAAAUAACUUUUUCAGCCCUCUGAGUAGUCCCUAUGCACAAAAUGCUGCAAACAGGCAUAAAUGAUGACCGGUCAUAAGUGUGAGGACUGGUCAAAAGUGCGAGAACCGGUCAGAAACCACUUUUUUCAGCCCUCUGGGUAGUCCUUAUGUGUAAGGGACUACUCAGAGGGCUGAAAAAGUUAUUUUUGACCUGUCCUUGCAAUUUUGACCAGUCCUCGCACUUAUGACUGUCCUCACAUUUUACAUUUUGCACCCUAUCUUGUAACCGUAGUGAAGAGAAGAAGUUGUGAAAGGAAUGACACGGUUAAGAAUGCUAGAACAGGCAUAAAUGUGAAGAUAGUCAUAAAUGCUAUGUCUGUUCAAAGGUGUCAGAACCUAUCAGAAAUCACUUUUUUCAGCCCUCUCAGAGGACUGAAAAAAGUGAUUUCUGACAGGUUCUCACACUUUUGACCAGUCCUCACACUUAUGACCAGUCAUCAUUUAUGCCUGUUGCAGUAUUUUUAAUAGCCAUGUCACUCAUGUCACAACUGCGGUGCUUCAUGUGACCGGGUGGGCGUGGGCAGGUGGUCAUGUAACAUAGCUUCUUUGCCCUAAUGACAGUUUGCUGCAAUGUUCGUAAGUGUGAAAAACGGUCAUAAGUCACUUUUUCAGUGCCAUGCUUGUUAAACCAAUUACCAGAACAAAUCCAUUCUCCCUCCCUCUUUCUCUCCAUCUUUCUCGCCCCCUUUCUCUCCUUCAUCUUUCUCCCCCCUCUUUCUCUCAAUCUUUCUCUCCUUAAACUCUCCUUCUCCCUCCUUCUGCCUUCCAUUGAGGACCUGUAUACUGCACGAAUCAAGAAGAGGGCUGUGAAAAUAUUUACAGAUCCCUCACAUCCAGGACAUAAACUGUUUCAACUCCUACCCUCAAAACGACGCUAUAGAGCACUGCACAACAGAACAACUAGAUACAAGAACAGUUUUUUCCCAAAGGCCAUCACCCUGCUAAACAAAUAAUUCCCUCAACACUGUCAAAAUAUUUACUAAAUCUGCACUACUAUUAAUCUUCUCAUCGUUCCCAUCACCAAUCUCUUUCCACUUAUGACUCUAUGACUGUAACCUUGUUGCUGGCAAUCCUUAUGAUUUAUAUUGAUAUAUUAACCAUCAAUUGUGUUGUAAAUGUUGUACCUUGAUGAACGUAUCUUUUCUUUUAUGUACACUGAGAGCAUAUGCACCAAGACAAAUUCCUUGUGUGUCCAAUCACACUUGGCCAAUAAAAAUUCUAUUCUAUUCUAUUCUUCUCUUUCUCUCCAUCUUUCCCCCCCCCUUUCUCUCCUUCAUCUUUCUCCCCCUUCUAUCCUUCAUCUCUCUUUCUCUCCCUCAUCCUUUUCUGCCCCCCUCUUUCUCUCCAUCACUCUUUCUCCAAAUGGGGUAGGGUAGGCUGGCCCUGCCCUGGUAUUCUAACAUUUCUUGUCUGAGAAUUUCCUGUAUAUAAAUCCUGUUGUGGGGUCUCAUAAAAUGACACUGUUUUCCCAAUCAAGCAGUUAUGUACGAUUUUUUAUUUAAAAUGCAUCACAGUAAUUGUCAAUUACACUUGCCCAGAGAGUCAUCUCAGUUCUUCCACAAUUGGGAUAGAGUUAUCAUAUUGAUUUGUGCUUUGUUGUCUUUGCAGUAAUUGGUAAAUUAGCCAUUAGCUUUUGGGUAUAAAAACGUAUCUCAGAGUUAUGGCUGCAUUAUAACCAAAAGAAAUCUAUGCUGCUCCUAAAAAAAAUUCUCUUUAAAAUUGGAGGGUGAGAGGUUGCAUGUCCCAUCUUACAUUUGCUGGCAAUAUGGUAAUUCUAUUCUUUGUUUUGGGGGAAAAGAUUGUCUUCAAGGUUUUUUUCUUUUCAUUUAGCCAUGGUAUGAAUG